UCAAGUUCGUCUCGCUGUCUGUUCCAACGUCAGUCGUGGUCUCUCGAGGCACGGGGUUGAGCGGGGAGAAGGCACGCUGCUCUACUCACAUCUGAUGAGGCAGUCUGCAAGCGAAGAAAAUGUUUGCUCUUUUAUUUGGCGUUGUCAUGUCAUAACCGACGAACAGUAGUGGAAUGCGUUUGUUGGAUUUAGGAUAGCCUACCCAGUGGUUACUUGGCUGCGUUGCGCAACUGAACUAACUGGAUAUUGCAAAAUGGGAAAUGCACUUUUAUAGGUCUGUUUGUUGGAAAGCAUUACUCGGCCAGAAAGAGCUAUGUGUGAGAGCUUAUCACGCAAUUGCGCGCAACAGUAAGGUACCCAUUUAUUAUCUUAAAACGGCCCUGGCCGUUUUGCACAUCUGCGCACGAGAGCAUGGGACUUGGGUGAAGGGAGCUGUUUUCCGUGAAUGCGGACCAAUCCCGGGUCUGUCAACACGGAAUGUUUCGAUAAAGGACAUGUAUUCUGGAUUCUUUUUGUGGAAUUAACAGCGUAUGCGGAUUAUUUACCCGGAGAUGUUUGUGUUUCCAAUCAUUUGGUUUUUAUCCCAGGCUCAUGCGGCACCUUCUCUAACGGCGGAACAGAUGGACAUGGGGGUGGAUUGGCUGAGUAAGUUUGGCUACCUGCCUCCUCCAGACCCGGUGACGGGGCAGCUGCAGACCAAGGAGGCCCUGACUAAAGCCAUCAAAGCCAUGCAGAGGUUCGGGGGGCUGGAGGAGACGGGAGAGCUGGACCAGGCUACUCUAGGUCUAAUGAAGACUCCAAGGUGUUCGCUGCCAGACCUGUCUGCACCAGAGGCAUCGCCAUCAUCAGCGGGGCGGAGGAGACGAGCUCUCACACCACACAACAACAAGUGGAGCAAGAGACACCUGUCAUGGAGGGUGCGGACGUUUCCAAAAGGUUCGGAGGUGCUGGGCCGGGACACGGUGCGGGCGCUGAUGUUCUACGCCCUGAAGGUCUGGAGCGACAUCGCGCCCCUCAACUUCCACGAGGUGGCCAGCAGCGAGGCCGACAUCCAGAUCGACUUCACCAAGGCCGACCAUAACGACGGCUACCCCUUUGAUGGUCCCGGGGGCACCGUGGCUCAUGCCUUCUUCCCUGGAGAACGCUUCUCGGCUGGGGACACGCACUUCGACGAUGACGAGGCCUGGACCUUCAGAUCGCCAGACUCUCAUGGGAUGGACCUGUUUGCGGUGGCCAUCCAUGAGUUUGGUCAUGCCAUUGGGCUGGCUCACACGUCGGCCAUAGAGUCCAUCAUGCGUCCCUACUACCAGGGCCCUGUGGGGGACCCCCUCAAGUACGACCUGCCCUAUGAGGACAAGGUGCGCGUCUGGCAGCUCUAUGGGGUGCGAGAUUCAGUGUCAGUAUUGUCUGGUGAUCCGUCCAUCGAGCCCCCAGUUCUCCUGGACCUACCCGAGAACAGAUCCACUGUCCCUCCAGUCCGUGAUGCACCCGACCGCUGCACUACUCACUUUGAUGCUGUGGCCCAGAUUCGAGGAGAGGCCUUCUUUUUCAAAGGGAAGUAUUUUUGGCGUUUGACUCGGGAGAAGCACCUGGUAUCACUGCGUCCGGCCCAGAUCCACCGCUUCUGGAGGGGUCUUUCCCCCAACCUGGACAGUGUGGACGCCGUCUACGAGAGGCCAGGGGACCACAAGAUCGUCUUCUUCAAAGGGGUGAAGUACUGGGUGUUCAAAGACAACAACGUGGAGGAGGGCUACCCACGGCCCAUCAGUGACUUUGGGCUGCCCAUGGAGGGUGUGGAUGCCGUGUUCGUGUGGCUCCAUAAUGACAAGACCUACUUCUUCAAGGACAGCAGCUACUGGCGCUACGACGACCACCUGAGACGCAUGGACCAGGGCUACCCCAAAGACAGCGCCCUCUGGAAGGGCAUACCCAUGCACUUAGAUGAUGCCAUGCGCUGGUCAGAUGGUGCCUCCUACUUCUUCAAGGGCAAGGAGUACUGGCGCGUGGAGGGCAGUGACAUGGAGGUGGAGGCCGGCUACCCGCGCUCCAUCGCCAAGGACUGGCUGGUGUGCAGUGAGAUGCAGUCUGACUCACCGACUGCCACAGAGUCCAACCACUCAGACACUCGGAUACGGGGCUCACAGCAGGCUGACCACGCUGAGAACGGUCUGGAGGUCUGCUCCUGCACCUCGGACCACGCAGCCCCGGUGGGCGUUCGCCUCCCCCUCUCCCCACUCCUCUGGGCCCUGUCCCCCCUAUGGACACUCUGGACGACCCUUGUGGCAGCACCGGGGCCCCUAUGACAUCAAAGACUCACAGACUGACUGACUGACUGCAGUGAGCAAGUGAGCAAACAGCCAUGGGCUGGACUAAACUGGACGCUUUUUUCAGAGGCUGGAGAAUUUGCCCCCUGGAAGAUUUUGGUGGUGGUAUUAUAGGGCUGGAUAUCUGCCUGGAUGUGAGGCUGGCUGGCUGGGAACAGACAGGCGCAGACAUGCAGGUAAUCAUCUGAGACAAAGGUAUAGGGUGUCUGUAGGUGUAGAUCUGAGAAGAGGGUUGGAGUCGUACAGGUGUUUUCCUGGAGAAAGGGGGAGAGGGUUUGACUCUUGCCGGUUCUCUCCUGGAGGAAGGGGGAGAUGGUUUGACUCGUAAGGGUUCUCUCCUAGACACUCUUACUGGGUGGGAGAGGAGAGAGGGGAGAGGGGAAAGGGCUGGACUUAUCAUGCCUCUC